AUGCUGCCUGGCUUCUUCCUGCUCUUCCUAACCACAGCCCCGCCCCCAAAGGUCACGGCCCCGCCCACUGGCUGGCGCGCUCCCGCUGAGGGUGGGGCGGGGCCGUGCGCGCGCCCCGGGGUAGUGGCAGCCGCGGGGCCGCGCCCGCAUUCCGCUCAGCGCCAGGGAAGCGGCGCCAUGUCGGAGCCGGAGCGGCUGGAGAACCACCGCAUCCGGAACUUCAAAAACAAGGGCCGUGAUGUCGAGACUAUGAGAAAACAGCGAAAUGAAAUCACGAUUGAAUUACGAAAGAAUAAGCGAGAUGAACACUUGCUAAAGAGACGAAAUGUGCCUCAGGAGGAGGUUCUCGAUGACUCUGAUAUUGACGGUGAUUUCAGAGUUCAAUCAAUCACGUUGUCGGGGAUUGUGCAGGGUGCUUCGAGUGACAAUCCCGUGGUACAGCUCAGUGCAGUUCAAGCAGCCAGAAAACUUCUGUCAAGUGACAGGAACCCACCCAUUGAUGACUUAAUCAACUCUGGAAUCUUGCCGAUCCUUGUGCAAUGUCUUGAAAGAGACGAGAACCCUUCACUCCAGUUUGAAGCAGCAUGGGCAUUGACCAACAUAGCAUCAGGAACAUCAGCACAAACACAGGCUGUAGUCAAAGCUAAUGCUGUGCCUUAUUUCCUGAGGUUGUUGCACUCACCACAUCAAAAUGUCUGUGAGCAAGCAGUUUGGGCCCUGGGGAACAUAAUAGGUAAGAACCUAACCAGCUGA